GUGGACAAUCGUUGCUUGACAUUUUAAAUUAAGAGAUAAUAAUACAAAGCUAUUCAGUUUGGUUUUGAGGCUGUUUGCGUGAUCAUCUCGACUUCACGUCCAAAUAUAAAACACUUUUGAAAAUAGUUUUCACGCAUCCUCGAAGCAAUUAUCAUGACGCGUUCAUUCUGGGCAUCGUGGAUUGCGCUGACCCUUCUUUCAUUUACGUUGAGUGUCGACGCGAAGUCAAAGAGAACUCCGCCGAAAUGCGAACUGCUGACGAUUGAACCUUGUAAAAACCUUGGCUAUAAUAUGACCACGAUGCCAAACCAUUUGGGACACGAUACUCAAUGGGAAGCUGGACAAAAAAUCGUCGAGUACAAACCGUUAAUGAGUGUAGGAUGCUCAGGGUUAAUUCGACACUUCAUAUGUUCAGCGUUCGCUCCGAUGUGUACUGAAGACGUGCCUUACCCUGUGUACGCUUGCCGUUCAAUGUGUGAAAGAUCUAAACGUGACUGUAUCGAUAUUUUAAAACAAUUUGGAUAUGGCUGGCCGGAGAAGUUUAAAUGCAGUGGCUUUCCUGUGUAUGGACAUAAAUCGGUGUGUAUGACUCCGGGCCCGAAAGGGAAGAAAAACUCUGGCAAGAAGAAUGGAACAAAAAGUAAACUCCCAAUAUUUUUCACGACAACACCGAAACCUGGAAGUAUUGAUAACACGAAGAAGAAAGUAAACUUAGGAACGACGUCAUCAACUGAAGCCGCAUUCAAAGGUCUACCUUUCAACACUAGCCGAAACCCUCGACGCAAAUCAGCGAAGUGUGUGAACAUUAAGAAGUUUGUUUAUGUGGAGCAAAAAGACGAAUGCGCAGCGCGCUGUGGAGCGAAUAUUUUAUUCACUAGCACAAACAAGAAAUUUGCCGAGGUAUGGUUGCUGAUUUGGUCCACAAUUUGCUUCGUAUCGACCAUGGUCACGGUGCUAACUUAUUUGAUCGAUAGAACUCGUUUCAAAUAUCCGGAGAGACCUAUCAUUUAUUUGGCGUUCUGUUACAACCUGUAUUCUGCUGCGUAUCUAAUUCGUUUGAUAGCGAAGCCCGAAGAGAUCUCGUGUAGCGCUGAUGGAGGAUAUUUAAUCAUAGAUGGCUUAAACACAGCCGGCUGUUCCAUCGUGUUCAUCCUUCUCUACUUUUUCGGUAUGGCAUCCUCGCUGUGGUGGGUUAUUUUGACGCUAACUUGGUUCCUAUCUGCAGCGUUGAAAUGGAGCCAGGAAGCAAUAGCCAAUAAAUCAGCGUAUUUCCAUGCUGUUGCCUGGGUCAUUCCAGCUAUACAAACCAUAGUUGCUUUAUCAACGAGAAAGGUAGACGCGGAUGAACUAACGGGGCUGUGUUAUAUCGGAAAUCAAAAUGUAGAAAACUUAGCUGGAUUUGUUUUAGCUCCGCUAUGUGUUUACUUGGUAAUCGGUACGACUUUCCUUCUGGCUGGUUUCAUCUCCUUAUUCCGCAUUCGUUCCGUUUUAAAAGACCGCGAUACGAAUACGCGAAAGUUGGAAAAAUUGAUGGUACGAAUCGGCGUGUUUUCGGUUCUUUAUACGCUACCUGCAACGGCAGUCAUUGCGUGUUUUGUCUACGAGUACUCAAAUAUGGAAUCAUGGCAAAGCGAUGUGAAGCGUCAUUGUGUUAAUGUGGCGACAGAUGAGUGCUCUAUCACCUCACGACCUAAAGAAGAAAUAUACAUGGUGCGACAUUUCAUGUCUCUUCCCUGUGGUGGGCAUUACCUCUGGUAUGUGGGUAUGGUCAUCAAAAACAUGCCAAUCUUGGCAAAUGUGUUACUACAGAAACUUUACUCAGAAAUACCCGAAGCGUCAACCUACAAAACAGCAACCUUUGCUGGUACAAAUGUCUGUUGAUAAACCGACGACAACAAUGACGCGACCGAUGCCCGAGUUUCCUGAACAUUGCGCAUCGUCAGAGCUCUCCCAUCCGUUAACAAACCUCAGUUGUCCUAC